AUGACACUUGAUGAAAUGAAUCAAUUAUCUAUUCGAAGUCUUGAAGAAUUGAAUCAAUUGUCUCAAGCAACGCGAGAGUUUGGUGAAGUUUAUUCUGGCAGUCCAGAUGCUUCCGUUCGACGUAGUCCCAAGUUCUUACAACGUCUCUUUGAUCCAUUGGAAAGCAGAAAAGAUGAAGAAUGUUUAUUUCGUGUCCGUAUUUCUGGCAUUCAAUGUCGAAAUCUCCAAGGACGACGGUUUAGUGGAAAAAGUGGUCCCUUUGUGGAGUUUUAUUGGGACGAUGACGACGAAAAAACACCUUUUGCAACACCCGUGGUGAAAGCAGACUUGAAUCCAAAUUAUAAAGGUGUUUUGAUCACCUUCGAGUACAAAGCGACGUUGAAUGCAUUAUCAACACGAUAUUUGGUUGUCAAAGUAUUUUUAAAUCGAAAAUUCUAUGGAAAACAUUUAGUGGGACAUACGAGAGUGGAUUUGUGGAGUAUUGCGACGGGACCCGUACAUCAUGAUCAUCAUUUGAUUGGAUGUGAGAAUGGACGUGUGGUGUUUAAUUGUUAUAUGGAACAAUGUAGAGAAUGGAAUAUUUCAGUGAGUGAUGUGGGAGUCAUGAUGCCGGCAAUUGCAAAUGAAUUGGAUCGACCGGAAGGACAUGAUUUUCAAGAAGAUGCGUCGCUACCGCUUAAGAAAUUUGGAGUUAGCUACAAGUGUACGAUUGGAGCGGAUGAGAAAUUUUACAUGGGCAAUAAAUUGAAACAUGCGAUCAAGCGGGAGAUUGGAGAGAUUCACGAUGUGAGUUUUCAGGCAUUAGCAAGAUUGGCAGUUUUGUCGUCUCGUGUGUCCAGGCCAAACACACAACCUAAGGGUGAAGCUGGAGGUGACGAUGAAGUUGCUGCUGACUCUCUUGUGGCUCAAGAUCCAAUAGGUGUGGGAUGGGCGUCAUCAUCUGACUACCUCCCUCCUAUUACGCGGUAUAGUACUUUCGAUGAACUAAUGUCGGCAACUUUGACCUUGGAGGUUCGUCAAUUGCUGGUAGGUCGAGGUCAAAUGUCGACGGAUCCGGACGGAGGGUUUUUAAACUUGCUGGAAAAGUACAAGAAAGACAUAGUGGCAACAUCCGACACGGCUAUUCAAUUUGAUGAAGAGAUCAACGAUACUAUCUUGUUUGGACAAACGUGGCUUUCGCUGGAAAAGAUAUUUGAAGAUGCGCUGCAAGAGCGGAUAAAGAAAAGAUACGAUGCUGAUCCUAAUGAAAGUAUGGAUGAUCUCGGAUUUUCUGAGCAGUAUGUCACAAGCAAGUUUGAACAGAGCCUUACAUUAAAGGGACAUCAGGUAGGAGUGAUUUAUGGCACUAUCCUGUUCACACGCAUACCCGACGUCCGACAACUUCGAUGCGGUGUAAAUAGCGAAAAUGGCAUUUCUUCGUCAAGCUCUGUAAUUGUGGGAGUUGCAGCAACAGGGAUGAAGAAGAACCUGCGCAAAUCUAAGGUGGUGAUCCCAAUAGAGGCUCAACGUGUACUGGAAAAAAUGCAGGAUCUGGUGGAACUAAUGGCUAAUCGGCAAAAAGAUGACAAAGAAGGCAAGGUGCGGAAAGCGACAAAAAUUUUGAAAAUGUUGCAAGUAUCACACAAAGCGUCAAUGCUGUCAUGGGUGUAUGUAUCUGCCGAGGCGUUGGAAGAAGCAAAAAUGAUAUUGUUGCGGCUGUGGCAAUUUCUGCUGGAGAAUAUUCGCGUUCGUCACUAUACGCUGCGCAAUGUUUUCUAUGAGUUGCUUUUUUAUUUAGUAAAGCGAGCAGAGUUGAGCGACUUGCCGUUGUUAGGGUUUGAUUCGCCAGUGGCGACUACCGUAUCAAGGACCAAACAAGCUGCACACAAAGUGUCAAAGAAGAAUCUGGAGUUCGAUUUAAAGCUGCGAGCUAUGCUUGUAGAAACCAAGUUUUGCGUGCUCCAAACGGUCUCUGUUCGUGGUGUCAUGAACAACAAUCUCAUGUUCUUCGUAGCGCGAAUGUUGUCGGUUUUGUGUUUCCGGCUCCCGAGUUUUGGUGUGGAGCUGUAUCAGUUGUGGUCGGAGUCGUACAAUGAACCAGCGCCUGAACUUGCUGCUGAAUUUCGAAUGAAUGCCGACGCAGAUUUGUUUGCCAUGGAUGGAUUGGAAGCUCACCUGGACUGGCGGCGGUUCCAUAAAGCUAUCUUUGACGAAUAUGGAGAGAAGGUGCUUCGGAAUCAAGAAGAAGAAGCUGAAGACAAGUAUGAGGUGACUUCUGAAGUGUGGAAAUCUCGCUUCCGUCGACUCGAUGGAGAAGCGAACACCUUGAAUAUCUUGUUGGUAGAUCAGUGGCUGUGGUAUGUACUCGACACAUUAGCAGUCCUUAACCAAAAGAUUGGGUGGAUCCAUUUGCCAGGUUACACUCAAGUGCUGAUGGUGUUCUUUUUGGAGUUAAAGACGCAAAAGUCAGGCUGGCUCCCACCAACACUUUACAAGUUAUCGUGCACAAUGCUGUCGAACUCGAGCUUGAUCAACCCCAUGACUAAGUUCCUUUUAAGCAGCACCAGCGUGCAUGAUGUCACAGCAGUUAUUGGUGCCGUGGAACUUCUCGGUGUGUGGAUGUACAUGAUUCGAAGUUGGCGCGUUCGUUUGAGUUCAUACCGGCUGUCCCACCUAGAAAACAACGAUCGGUGGAAUUUUCACCAAGACGAUCAAUACUCGAUUCCUGCCGGCGAUGAGGUUUCGUUACUGCCGCCGUCGUUUGAUUUCCGGUUCCUUUGCGCCGCACUACGCAUUUUGCUGGAAUCAGAGCAUACUCAGGUUGUUUUGACAACUCUGGAGUUUCUGUAUAACUGCUGGGACUGCUUUCCAGAGCGACAUGCGGAUAAGCUGCGCUUUGAGCUCCUCCGGUCAUUUUUCCGACUGUUUUUGCAUUGGCACCGUGAAGUGCGAAACUUUUUUCACACGCUGAUAGCUUUCCGUGCAAUGAAGCCUCACGGAUGGACUCAAAAGGGGGCAUCUUAUGUGAACACGCCGCCACACAGCCGCCGCCAAAUCGACGCUGUGGCUGCUGAUUUCAAUUUGUCACUUGGAACUGAUGAGCACAGUGAAGCCGGACGACGCUCGCGAUCAUGCAGUACAAGUAAUCUAAUGGACUUGGUACAAAAGCGGCUUAGCUCACCGCGCUCAUCUCCAAGGAACUUGGGCUCCGCUUUGUCCCUAACAAUAUCAUCACCAAACAGCCUUGGAGUCAGUAGUGGUCACAGCACGCCGACGUCGGACUACAAGAGUGGAGACAGCUUUCAUGUGGAUCAGGCUAGAAGACGUAGCAUAUCGGAAGACUUUGCUAAGCACCAAGCGUCGCUACAGCCCGAGAUGGAUACGAAUAUCCAAAUGCAAUUCAACCGAUUGCUCGAGUCGAUUUACGCCGCUGCGAAAUUAUACAUUGACCGUCAAAGUGAGAACGGAAAUGUUUUGCGAAAGCAGACAAUGGAGGCCACUUGGAAGAAGAAGGGUAUGCUGCUCAAGCAGGGCUUUAUCUACAAGAACACUUGGAAAAACAGGUACUUCUCACUUCAGAACAACAAGUUGGGUUAUGCAGACACAGAGCACGGUCCUAUUAAGCGUGAGAUUAACGUGAUAGGUAGCGUAAUCUCUGAGAUGUCAAACCAGCUCGACCAUUCUCAAGGAGCGCGCGUCGUGCUCUUCAACUGCUUUUCCGUCGACAGUGGUUAUCAGAAGUUUGUUUUGUGUGCGCCGUCAUUCGAGGAGCAGCGGGAGUGGAUGGAAGUGCUGACGCAGAAUGCAACUGCAGAGACUGCGGUGCGAAAAGACAAUGAAACGUUAUCACAGCUCGAUUUAGCUGAAGUGUCGGAUCAGUUGGAGGAGUUGGCAGGGAAGCACACGACCGCCGAUGAAGUGCCCGAAUCAUUGCUACCGUACUCUGUGCUCGCCGUCAAAGAGUGGUUGAAUUUCCGAGUGACAGCGCUAGAGAUUGAGAGCAAACUUGCUUGUGGUGAGCCUUUCCAGAUGCCAGUAUUGCUGUCCAAGUCAUUUCUCUAUGGGGAUGAUGAUUGA